UCAACACCGAAGUCCCUCAUAUAUCGCCAAAAUCAAGUCAAGAUUGCACCGCCCUCUCAGUGCCGCCCUAGUCGACACCGCCGAAUUCACUCAAUAUCUCAGACAGAUCAUGCCAGCUUUGAGCCUGCUCCGACAACAUCUCGUUCUCAAUUUGUCAAGUGUCGACCUUGCUCACCCCCUUGAUACAAAGCCUCGAUGGCCAAUAACUUGACCUGCCGGUAACUGAAACUGGCAAUGCCAGUGCUGUGCUGCCGACAAGUUCGUCAUGACCACUGACACCAAAGCGAUUCGCCGCUAUCAUGCGGGUGUUGAGAGAGCGCUGGGCUUGUGGGAUGCCACAAAUGAAUGGGCCGACUAUAUCGCCUUCUUAAGCCGGUUGGCGAAGGCUUUACAAGCAUCUCCUCCUGACGCAGAAGUGCCAUUCAAAUCAACUCUGGCCAAGUAUCUGGCACUAUGUUUGAAGCCAUCUCUGCCAUCGGGCGUGCAUCAAAAAGCCUUGGAAGUCUACAGCCUAAUUUUCUCUCUAUUGCGGAAAGAUGGACUGUCUCGAGACCUGCCCAUUUGGUUUCCUGGGGUAUCUCAUACCCUCACGUUUGCCACAUUGACAACAAGGCCUCUAUUCCUCUCCCUCUACGAUGAACAUCUCUUGCGAUUGUCCAGCCACGCACUGAGGCCCGCUUUAAGAGCGAUCAUUUUGUCUCUGCUCCCGGGAAUCGAAGAGGAGAACAGCGAAGACUUUGACCGCACUUUGAACACUGUCAACCGCUUACGACAGAUCUUUGCAGAUGACGGUAGCGAGGAGUUCUUCUGGCAAAGCCUGUUUCUAGCAUCCAUUACGAGUACGUCCAAGCGUCCGGGUGCAUUGGUCUACCUGAUACGGCAGCUCCCCAGGCUAGGUCCGGUGACAGGUCAGGCACCUGAUGACGGCUCUCAAGAAGGAGAAGCAACCGAAGCAUUGCAAGAGGCCAUCAAGGCUGUAACAACUCCUGAGCCUGGUUUACUUGUUCGAUGCUUUGCUACGGGACUCCAAGACGAACAACCCUUGGUUCAACGCGGGUUUCUCGAUCUCUUAGUAUCCCAUCUGCCUCUCAACGCUCCAAUGCUUCAAUCACUCGUUGUACCGUCGGAUUUGGACAUCCUUGUAAUGUCUGCAAUGUCGGUCGUCCUCCGAAGGGAUAUGAGUCUCAACCGCCGCUUGUGGACCUGGUUCAUCGGCAGAGAAGAUAAGCGAGAGGGGUCAACAGACAUGGUACCUGGCUCUGGUGUCGAGGUGCCAACACCCACGGCCCCUAAAGUACAGGAGAAGGUGCACACGAGGCACGAUUAUUUUGUUGCAUAUGGUCUCAAGCCCGUGAUUCGGAGUCUUGAGAAAAUGCUUCACAGAGACUCAUUGCUCCCUGUCGACAGAGCCCGUCCUUUCCGCAUCAUGCUUUCAUUGAUGGACCGCUGGAUCAUCGGAAAGCUACCUGUCGAAGAGCUGUUCGUUCCAGCUAUGCAGGAUCUGCAAAAGUAUCAGACAGCCGCUCCUUCGCAGUCGUCGUUCGACGAGGUAUUCCGGAGUGCCAAUGUGUUCUUCGACGCGAUUGAACCCCAGCUCAUCACCAAUCAGCUCUUUAGUCUGCUUGUACGAGGGGAUCUAGAUCUUAUUGGAUUUAUCUUCUCAAAUUUCAACCUGCAAGAGGAGGAAAUGACGACUAUUCAUCUACCCAUGCUGUGCCUAGCAAUUUCAGAAAUGCUCCUUGAAAGGAUGCAAUCUGAACCGCACAAAGCUAAUGACCGAGACGAUUUCUACCAGGAGCGAUUAGCAAGACUCAUGGAGGCUCUCCUGAGCUUAUUGCCAGCUCAUCCGGGAGGCCUUCCUUCCGAAGCACUCGGCCAAAUAUCGAAGGAGGGUUGGCUCAUGAAGCUGAAGACACUUUACGAAGAGUCGUCUUACGUGAAGAAGGCUAUUUUUGACCUGAUCCCUCCAACUGCCGCCGCUCAACUUCUGCUCCGAAACAUCGCACUCAUCAUUCUGGACUGCCUGAAUCACCCAUCCAGCAAGACACUACUCGGACCUCUCACCAACAGUCUCGUCAAAGCUAUAGCCAGAACCAGCAACUUUGAGCCACUGCGUGACCUGGAACUUGGAGAUCGCCUAUAUGAUUUAGUGAAGCUCCCGGCGGUAGACAUCACUGUCAAAUACGAAACUAUUCGAACAAUUGCGAGGAUAGUGGAUAGUUUGCAUGUAUUCGACCCUGGCAGGGCGACUUUGACAGAGCCAUACCUUCUCCGGCUGGUACCAGAGCUGAUUGCACAAUUGUGGGAAGUUCUUCUACCAUCUACUCCACAAUUCCACGUUGAGGCCGUGGAACAGAUUUGGAACCUCCGGAUGAUAUCACAGCAACUUCUUCUCGUGGAUAGCAAGAUAGCGGAUCUAAUGUGCAAACAAGACAAGGAAGGGCAGCAUCUCGAAGAUCAACUAGCGCGAUUCUCGACCCUGUGGACACAUACUCGCUUUCCGGAGGUCAAUGUCGAACUUUUUUCUUCCAAGCAUGACGGCAACGAGGACGAAGUGCCUUGGGCUCUCCUGAGGCAGCCGAUCUUGAGCAUUAUCGACGAGCUCGACCCCUCUCUACCAGACGACCGGAGGCGGACCUGGUUGAGCAAUGUGCCCUCUAUUCGACCAGUCUUCAAAAUCAUCUAUGCCGAGUCGACCAACACACCGAACGCUCAGCUCUCCCUGCUCGCUUUGCACAGGAUUCGAAAGAUCUUGGCUCUCGCGCGGCAGUCGAACGCGCAGCGCAAUGAGCUCUUCGGACGGGAGGGGUUUUCAGAAGUGGUGCUGGACAUGUGCAUCGAGCACAUCGCAGACCGACAGAGUGGGGAAGAAAUAUUCACGACUGCCUUGUCAAUCUUGCGACUGAUUAUUGAAGAAACGGACGUUCAGGAACACCAUGAACUGAUAAGUUUGUUGUUGAAGCAACUGACCGACAUGCCCCAGGAUAGCCCCUCGCAGGAAGAAAUACUGGAUUUAUUGCGGAUAAUAUUCGCAAGACCGAACUUUGGCAGUCCACCCAGUGAACUAAUCCCGAUCUUGAUUUCCGGCAUCUCCUCUCCAGCUAUUGAUUCAACGAUUGACAAAUGGAUCACACUUCUGUGCAACACAAUUCCCUUGUACUCGACUCAAAAUUUGUUUGCGAACAUGCUCAAACUGACAGCAUGCUUCUGUGAACGGAUUAAAGACUACUUUACGCUGAUGCAACAGCUGUACGAAAGGCUGAGGGUCUCCGUCCAGGCUAAUGGAGAUAGAUCUAUCAGAAUCGCGAGGAAUCCAGAAAGAUCGGUCAAUAACUUACUUGCCGGGCUUGAGUACAUAUUAGCAAGAGCGCACACGCACCUUGUGGAUCACGCUUCAGGGGUUGAGGCAAAUCCGAACAGUUCAGAAAAAUCUCAGUCGCGCUCGAUUGCGAAUCAUCGGCUGACUGUUAUUCUCUGCAUGCAAGACACGAUCAAAUUAUGCGGGGAGAUUUGGGCCUGGCGAAUGCUCAAAAUACCAUCAAAUUCUGCACCAGACAACAAAUCCUUUGCGUAUAUCUCCACACGGUUGCGGACGAGAACCCGAAGGAUUCUGGAGCAUCUUGCGGACGCUGAACCGCAAGAAUGUCUUGAGACACUGAUGGGCAUGUGGAUUGAGGCGGCUCGCCGAGAUUCCCAGCAAGACAUCACUCUUAAUUUGAUGCAGAGCCUCGACGGAGCGCGACCGAAAUUCAUGAUGCCUGCCACAUUUAAUGCGAUCUACAAUCGGACGAACCCGUCAGCCCUAGAUCAGUCUCAGAAAUCCAGCUUGUCAGUGGACGUUAGUGCACCUGAGUUGAUGGCGUUUCUGAUUGCUUACACAAGCGCGCUUGAAGAUGAUCUGCUCGAAGAGAUCUGGACCGAUUGCACAGCCUUCCUGCGGGAGGUUCUCGCCAACCCUAUGCCGCACCGUCAGAUUCUGCUAAAGCUUCUGGAAUUUGUGGCGGUCCUAUGCCAGAAGAUGGAAAACACCAAUUUUGGGGAAGUUUUUAAAAUGCGUCGAGAACUGAGCGAUCUGUGUGCGAGACUUCUUACAGCCAUAUUUACGGUAAGGCCUGCAGGACUUGACUCAACUGCUCAGCCAUUGCCGGACGUCUCCAAUUCGACGGGUACGAAAACCAUGCGGCGGAAGAGCACGUUACAAGCUGGCAACGCUAUCGAGGUCUUGUGUGAAGCCCUGCCUAUCAUCGGCAGUGCACUGGGAGAUCAAGACAGGCUAAAUGUCACACUUCCCGGCGUGGCCACCUAUGUUACCGGACCGGCUCUACGAUCGAAGCAAUUUCCUCAAACAGUCAACAUGGAUAUCCUGCAGCUUGUCCUUCUCAUGGCCAAAUCCCAGCCGAACAACAAGGUUUGGAAGAAAGACAUUCAGGAUGCCAUCAACGACAACAAAUUCUUCCAGUCGGCUCCUUGGCUGGCUGAGACUGGAUGGCUUCCAGUAUUGAAGCAGCUUUGGCUUUCUGAUAAAGGGCUGAUGGCCGACUUUGUGUCCCGAUUGACACCUCCCACAACGGCAGGGCUGAUGUUUGGUGUUGGAGCUGCGGCUGCGCGAACAGAGGCCGACAGGAAGACCCAGCUCAACCUGAGGCGGAUUGCUCUGCUUCUGUUGGCUGGCGACAUGGAUGCUUUCGUGUCAGAUCUCAGCCAGAUUGUCAACAGACUCGAGGAACUCCUUACGGCAACCCCAUCCUCGUCUCCAUCGUCUAGCACCCGCGGAGAUGUCUAUCUGGUUCUUCGGGCUCUGACGUUGGCAUUCACUCAGAUGCAUCUAGUCUCAUUAUGGCCAAUAGUAGAUGUCGAGCUUCGAGAACUAUUCAUGAGCAUGCAGAAGGGAGGCGAGGCUGUAUUCACGGGCUAUUCACAGCUGCAGGGAGCCAAGUUGUUGGACCUCCUCCUUCUCCUGAAGCCAGAAGAGUUCCAGCUGCACGAAUGGUUGUUCGUGACCGACACGGUUGACGCAGUAUACCCUCCGCACGACUUCAAGUCCACCGCAAUCGCCGACCUGAUGGUGAGCAAGGGGAGCCACGAGGCCGAGCUUCCCACGGUGUCAGACACUGGAGCCCGGACGCCAUGGCUGUGCACAGACACGACGCGAACGAGUGAGGACCCCGUUACCCUUCUGCGCCCGUUCUUCCGGCAGUUGAGUAUCCAUGCUUUUGAAGACACAUACAGCCUCCAACCGCCCGAUCUUGCGGCAUGUAGGAAGGAUCUGCUGGCGGACUUGUUUGUGGACUGAACAAUGACAUUUCGUUGCAUUCCAUAGAGAAGCAAGGAGAUUAGGAUCAUGGUCAUUGGGACCGGAAGGGAAUGAUGUACGUUGGACUUGUAGCGUUGGAGCUGUGUUGGUGGCACUUGUGCAGGCUCACAAGUAGCAAGAUACCCAGGCUCGCCAGGUACAGCCGCAGAUUUAGUCAGUCGUGGGCCCCAAAAUGUGGAGUAAUAAUUCUGCUUCG